GUCCCCAUCCCAGGGGGAGAAAGCAGCACCAGUUGAAUUUCAGCCGGUCACACAGCUUCUAAAGGCUGAGGAGCCCUAGGGAUUAGUGAUAGAUGUGACAUUAGGGGUAAGUUGGUUUGGCUGCUUUUUCAACGCUGGAUUUUAAGCAGCUUGCGACCUCCUGAUGAUUGACAAGGGCUUAGAACCCAUUACUUUGGUAUUGGCUGAGGACGGCACCAUUGUUGACGAUGAGGACUAUUUCUUGUGUCUCCCACCAAACACCAAGUUUGUAGCAUUGGCAAAGGAUGAGAAAUGGGCGAGCAGCAGUAUAGAUGGGGGCACAGCUUGGCUCGAAAGAGAAGUCACUGAGAUAGAUGGAACGGAUAGCAGGGGAGAGAGAUGGAAACACCUCGCCAGACAACUGAAGGCGGACCUUUCUACCAUUAUCUUGAUGUCAGAGGAAGACCUUCAGGUGCUCAUCGAUAUCCCGUGUUCAGAACUGGCUCAGGAACUUGCAGAGAACCAGCUCAAAAUCCAAACUCUGCAGGACACCCUUCAGCAAGUGCUGGACAGGCGAGAGGAGGAACGCCAGUCCCGGCAGCUUCUGGAACUCUACCUGCAGGCGUCGAAAAACGAGGACCACAUUGUGCCAAGGGCUGCAGAUCGAGAGGCAGAGGAAGCUGCUGUGGACGGAAAAGAUACCGUUGACUUUGGGAGCAGCACCGAGGGAGCCGUCUCCACCACUCCACUCAGCAGCCAGAUCUUGACAGAACUCAGAGAUAAGCCUGCUCCAGAACUUAGCCUGGCUAGUCAGGACUUGGAGCUGGUUUUCAAAAAUGACCCAGAAACCCUUGCUCUGGCCCUGAACUGGGACACACCGAAGACAGAGGCCUUGCAGCAGGCCUGCAGAGGCGAGCUUUCAAGGCGUAUGCAGCAGGUGCAGGCUCUACAUGCCCUGAGAAGCAUAUCGAAGGGCAAGAAGAAGUUGGCUUGGGGGGAGUGGUUGAGCUCCAAGCGCAAGAAGUAGGAGGCCCUGGCAGCUGAUGCUUGAAGCAGCAAGGAAGGAGACCCGUUCCAAGAAAAGUCUGGGUGGCUUUCUGUACUUGGAUGUUGUGCCUUUAUCAACUAAAAACUGAGCUUGUCCAGACAGUGCGUAAAGCCAAAGCGUCAUUCAAUGAGUCUGCAGGAUCAUGUAUAGACAAAAGGUGUUUUUAAUUCCACAGGACAUCAUAACUUGCCAGUUCUUGAAGCAGAAAAAAAGGAGUUACUUUUCUUUUCUCGCUGCAGAUUAUUUGGCACAAGCCUAUAAAGACCUGUCCGAACAAUCCCUGAAGGACAUUAAAGUAUGUCGAAAAAUGCUAUUUUAAGUAAAAUGAAGAAUCUUCUGGAGCUGAUGAGAGCCCAGUCAAGCCCCGACAACACGCUUGAGUUUCUAGCUGCUGGUUUUUUUUCAGCAGUGGCCUAACACCCAGGAACUUCUGAUUUGCAGUUCUACUUUCUGAUCACCUCUCACCUUAUUCUCUCUCAAGUUGCUUGACGUCCCGCCUCCCCUUUUUAAACGAGAGACUGUUUUCACCUGCUCAAUCCUCACUCCCUUAGAACACGGUGUAUCCUUUUGAUUCCCUUCACGUUUUCAGAGACUGGGCGGGGCAUUACUUCAAAAGUGCCUUGGCCAAGCAUUUCUCAGCUGCCACCUCUGCUUUGUUGCCUUGGCUGUCUCUAUGAGAAUCUGUCAACAUUUAAAGAAGAACCAGCAUUUGAAGAGCUCACCCAGCUGGACUGCACACACGUUUCACUUGGAUGCAGAUUCAUGGGACAAUCAUUGCUCUUGCUACCGAAAAAUAUCACGGAUUAGUUUUGUUAAAAUCACUUUUUCUACAUACGUUUUACUGGUAUUAAAGCUUUUCUGUUGUUUGAUUAACUUGUA